AUGCGUCGUUUCAUCUCUUUUGACGAUGAAGCAAAUCCCGCUUCGGGGAGCGGGAAUCGUGCUAACGAAAGCCCCGAAUCAACAAUGUCAACCCCUGAUCCAUUUCUGAUGAUAGAGAGAGCCCUAGAAAACUACAACGUCUUCAAGUCAUCAACUGAGCAACUUGCAGCUCCUUUGGAACGCGGCGCAGAAUUGUUUGGUGAGGAACCGAACUCUUCUACAUCCAAUAGUACAAGUGCGCCACGCGACAUCCUGGCGACUAAGACGACGCAAGAGUGCGUCAUUUAUGUGCAUCGCUUGGCGGAUCCCCAGACUUUUGCACGAUAUGAAAAUAUCUCGGUACGAAGCGUCAUCAGUGAGGCUUCAGAUAUCUUCGAAUGCACGGCUGGUUGUGGCAACGCUCAAUACCACACUUCAGGAAGUGCACAUCCCAUUGUCAUCUGUGACAAUUGCGGCGCCCGUUCUUGUUUCAACCAUCGUGUCAAAUGGCAUGAGCGCCUGACUUGCGACGAGUAUAAUGAAUAUCUACAAGACCCAUUGAAUUUCAAGUCACGGCUGGAGAUUGAAGAGGAGGAGGCACGGCGCCAGAAGGAGAGGCAGGAACAAGAAGACUUUAUGUUAGCGCAGGGUAUCACCGAUACAGAACGCGCCCAACAACAAGCUGAACGUGAGAGCAGAAAACGCGAAAGCCGAGAGGCUGAGAGGCAAGCCAAGCGUCAAGCUGCCAUGCUAAAGAUGCAACAAGAGGAAGCCAGCUUGGCCACCGUUGGAAGGAUUUCGAAGCCAUGCCCCGGUUGUCGACGACCGAUUCAGAAGAACGAAGGCUGCCAGCAUAUGACUUGUUCUCAGUGCCGAUAUCAAUUCUGCUGGAGCUGCAACGCCCUCUGGUCCAACGGCCACAGCAUUAAUUGUACCAGACUACCGCGUUAA